CGAAGAUUUCGUCCUGCCUUCUCCCUCCUGAUAUCAACUGCGCACAGAAAAGCCGUCUUAGCUGGAUGCCUGCAUGUGCGUACGUCAUUGAGAACUUCCAACCAACGGAAGCUCCAAGUUGCGAUUCUCCCGCCAGACAAGCCAACCUAACAAUCGAAUUUACCCCUCGACACAACACCCCACCGCAUAUCAAUCUUUGUAGCACGUUCCCAACAGGAGAUUGCGCUCGAUUGCAACAAUGAAUAUUUUCAAAUUACAAAAGAAGUACCCCCAGUUUCAACAGAAUGAAAUCUUCGCCCUCCAAGACGCAUUCCAGCGAUUAGACGUCGAUGACAAAGGUUAUCUUGAUGAGGCGACUGUGAUUAAGGCGACUCAACAGUCGGAAAGGCAACCUUACGAUGUCGUGCGAUCCGCGUUGAAAGAGGUGGAGCUCGAUAGUUCACGCCGUGUUGAACUGGAGGAUUACGUUGAUCUUAUAUCAAAAGUCCGCAAUGCCAGCGCUACUGCACCCCCCGGAUCUGGCUCGCCGGCCCGUGGGCAUGCCUCUAAAGGCAGUAUCGGCGGCAAGAUUCACGUUCAGGGUUCAUCGGCGAAUGUUACGCAUACAAUCAACGAAGAUGAGAGAACAGAGUUCACGAGACACAUCAAUGCUGUGCUUGCCGGAGAUCCGGAUAUCGGCCACCUCCUACCAUUUCCGACGGAUACUUUCGAAAUGUUCGAUGAAUGCAAGGAUGGAUUAGUACUUGCCAAACUUAUCAAUGACAGCGUUCCGGAUACCAUCGAUGAGCGUGUUUUGAACAGGCCGGGGAAGAAAAACAAGCAACUUAACGCGUUCCACAUGACUGAAAACAAUAAUAUCGUUAUCAACUCCGCAAAGGGUAUUGGCUGUUCGGUUGUUAACAUCGGAAGCGGCGACAUUAUUGAAGUCCGAGAACAUCUCAUUCUCGGCCUAAUUUGGCAAGUUAUUCGUAGGGGUCUUUUGGGGAAAAUCGAUAUUAAAUUGCACCCCGAGCUUUACAGACUUCUUGAAGAAGACGAGACCUUAGAGCAAUUUCUUCGACUUCCACCCGAACAAAUUUUGCUUCGCUGGUUCAACUAUCACUUGAAGAAUGCAAAUUGGGAUAGAAGAGUUGCAAACUUUUCUAGCGAUGUGAAGGACGGCGCCAAUUACACAGUCCUUCUUAAUCAAUUAGCCCCGGAUCUUUGCUCACGCAAACCUCUCCAGACUCCGGACUUACUCCAGCGCGCCGAACAGGUCCUCCAGAACGCGGAAUUACUCCAGUGUCGCAAGUUCCUAACGCCAACUUCACUCGUUGCAGGAAAUCCAAAGCUCAACCUAGCCUUCGUGGCGAACUUGUUUAAUAACCAUCCUGGUCUCGACCCGAUCACCGAGGAAGAUAAGUUUGAAGUGGAAGAUUUUGAUGCUGAAGGCGAACGUGAAGCUCGCGUCUUUACCCUUUGGCUCAACUCUUUGGAUGUUCAGCCCGCCGUUAACUCCCUCUUCGAUGAUCUUAGGGAUGGAACCAUUCUUCUUCAAGCCUACGACAAAGUUAUUCCAGGCAGUGUAAACUGGAGACACGUUAAUAAGCCACCGGCACAUGGUGGUGAGAUGAUGAAAUUUAAAGCUGUGGAGAACACAAACUAUGCCAUUGAACUUGGGAAACAAAAUCGCUUUUCACUCGUUGGUAUUCAGGGAGCAGACAUCACUGAUGGACAGCGAACCCUGACACUCGGUCUAGUGUGGCAACUUAUGAGGAAGGAUAUCACCAAUACCUUGUCCUCCCUUGCCAAGCGCAUGGGCAAGCGUGAAAUCACAGACGGAGAGAUGAUCCAAUGGGCUAAUGAGAUGUCCCGGAAAGGAGGCAAAAGCUCAUCCAUUCGAAGCUUCAAGGACCAGGUAAUUGGUAGCGGUGUAUUCCUUCUUGACGUUUUGAACGGCAUGAAGAGUAGCUAUGUGGACUAUGAUCUCGUUACCGCUGGACGAACCGAUGAUGAAUCUUAUGCAAAUGCAAAACUCGCCAUUAGUAUUGCGAGGAAAAUGGGCGCUACAAUCUGGCUGGUUCCUGAAGAUAUUUGUCAGGUUAGACCACGCUUGAUCACGACUUUCAUUGGUUCGUUGAUGGCUACCUUUGAAAAGAUGUAAGAUAUCUCUAUUUCUGCCGGCGUUCUCAUCGUCAAGCCGUGGGAGGAAAGCGAGGUGCCGUGCGAUCGAGGACUGGAUGCAUACUUCUCUUUUAACAGCGUCGAACUGCUCCUCUUACAAGAUCAUUGCCUAAAAACAAUCAAAAUUGUAUGAAGCCCUGAGCUUUGGGAUACCUUGUCACAUUUUUGCUUUACAUUCACCUGGUUUUUGGGGCAGGCCACCCGGGAGACUUUCCUUCUGACGAUAGUAUAUCCUAGGUAAGUUUCAUAGCUGCAGUUCAUUCGACCUCAGGCCGGGAAUUCCGCGAGUCGGCACUUGGAGGAUGCUGAAUCCCUGUCCGGUGUAACUUGUCAGCUAUGACGUAGUGGGUUGCUGAUCGGAGUUACAUUCAUCGGGAAACUGGUCCGCACUCAUUUGGCGAUGGGUGCUCCCGGACGCAUCUUUUAUGCUCAAAUGUUACUUCGAGGAGUAUAUAUAA